AACAAUGUUUAACAAUCAAAAUAAAGAAGUAAAAACAAAAUUCCAAAAUGAACGCAACAGCUUUUCAGCCAAGCCGCAUUUUUCCAAGUCCACACUCCCAGCAACUUGUCCUGUCAGAUCCAACAGGAUCACAUUGCCACGUUAUCUGAACCAAUCCAAUGCAAAGCUUUCAGAACCAAAGACAACUUUGCAGGUAGCUAAAUCCGAGCCGAAGCAGCAGCUUAUCAAAUCGCCAGUUACUAUAAGGAGUACGCCCAAAUUAAAGGCCAAGUCGGUUGAUAUUUGUUCAACAGCAAGAGUUCGUUCUGGAGCUGCUACUCUUAAUCGAAUCUCUCGUCCUUUUGUGACUUCGUGUCGUAUCUUUCGCCCCUCCUCGUCCAAAAUCUUUGACUAUCAUUUGUCCCGGGAGGAGCAAAACUACUUCGACCAUUGUCCCAAACCCAUGAAGUCUGUGCCAGUUGAUGAGCUACAAUUGCUUCGCAGUGGACAGCGUGCCACCUAUUUGGAGACCCGUUACGAGCGAACUCCGGAUGAUAAGUACAAUUAUCCGGAGGCAACCAGCUGGCGUUACGGUUGGUUCCAUCGUAAGAGUACAUGAAUUUGAGCUUGGAAUAACCAAAGCAUAUACUUGAGUUCAUUAAUCUGUUUUAGAUCAUUUUUAAUGUAAUUGAUAACUUGGUAUUUAAUUAAAGUUCCUUUACUAUCGCCAAAUAA